AAAACUGAGGACUAGAAGCUGAUUCCCACAGCACGUUUCAGUUGAGUUGGAUUUUGUUUUCCUGGGCCUGCUUCUUCAUAAAGGGACUGGACUAAGAAUACUCUUGACCAGCCCGUAAGAACUUGGCACUCGUCUCAGUAAUCUGAGAUAGCAGGGUUUGGCGUCCAUAGCAACCACGGCGACAGGACGCGCUCGAGCAAGAACCAAAAAGCGAGAACAGGUACAAGGCCAAACCUUCUACAUUCACAGACACCUACCAAACCCCGAACAUGGAACACCAAAUUAGAACGCUGACCAGUCCCUGGUAAUGUAGAAAAUACCCAAGUUAAAACGGUAACAGAGUGACACAGCAGCCAUUGAAGAUGCCCCACUUCAGGCACCGACAGGCGUCACGUGACGGGUGGGGAACGCCAACCGCCUGGGCCUAGCGCAGCCUCCUCCGCCCACCACGGAAGUGGGGCGGGGAUACUAAAGCGACGGAGCCCGGUGGACGGAAGUGGCUGUUGGAGGUUUUAAGGUAGCUUUAAAUUCGUGCUGUCCUGGGAGCUCGCCCCUUUCGGCUGCAGUCGGGCUUUACGGUGCCGGAUGGCUCUGGACGUGAAGUCUCGGGCAAAGCGUUAUGAGAAGCUGGACUUCCUUGGGGAGGGACAGUUUGCCACGGUUUACAAGGCCAGAGAUAAGAAUACCAACCAAAUUGUCGCCAUUAAGAAAAUCAAACUUGGACAUAGAUCAGAAGCUAAAGAUGGUUAUAAUAAAGGAUAAUAGUCUUGUGCUGACACCAUCACAUAUCAAAGCCUACAUGUUGAUGACUCUUCAAGGAUUAGAAUAUUUACAUCAACAUUGGAUCCUACAUAGGGAUCUGAAACCAAACAACUUGUUGCUAGAUGAAAAUGGAGUUCUAAAACUGGCAGAUUUUGGCCUGGCCAAAUCUUUUGGGAGCCCCAAUAGAGCUUAUACACAUCAGGUUGUAACCAGGUGGUAUCGGGCCCCUGAGUUACUAUUUGGAGCUAGGAUGUAUGGUGUAGGUGUGGACAUGUGGGCUGUUGGCUGUAUAUUAGCAGAGUUACUUCUAAGGGUUCCUUUUUUGCCAGGAGAUUCAGACCUUGAUCAGCUAACAAGAAUAUUUGAAACUUUGGGCACACCAACUGAGGAACAGUGGCCAGACAUGUGUAGUCUUCCAGAUUAUGUGACAUUUAAGAGUUUCCCUGGAAUCCCGUUGCAUCACAUCUUCAGUGCAGCCGGAGACGACUUACUAGAUCUCAUACAAGGCUUAUUCUUAUUUAAUCCAUGUGCUCGAAUUACGGCCACACAGGCACUGAAAAUGAAGUAUUUCAGUAAUCGGCCAGGGCCAACACCUGGAUGUCAGCUGCCAAGACCAAACUGUCCAGUGGAAACCUUAAAGGAGCAAUCAAAUCCAGCUUUGGCAACAAAAAGGAAAAGAACAGAGACCUUAGAACAAGGAGGAUUGCCCAAGAAACUAAUUUUUUAAAGAGAACACUGGACAACAUUUUACUACUGAGGGAAAUAGCCAAAAAGGCAAAUAAUGGAAAAAUAGUAAACAUUAAGUAAAUGCUGUAGAAGUGAGUUUGUAAAUAUUCUACACAUGUAAAAUAUGUAAAACUAUGGGUUAUUUUUAUUAAAUGUAUUUUAAAAUAAAAA